AACUUCUAGAACUUGGACUUGAGGUUCGGGAAUUUGCUCCAUCUCUCCCGCCCUCUGGCCCUUGAAAUAUUCACCUUUUCCUCCCUAUUUUUAUCUUUUAUUUUCUUUCAUUGCUUCCCUCUCUGCCCUCGCCCACCCUUAUGCACGAAUCUGCUGGUCCAGAGAGGCGGAAGAGGCUGAUUUCCCCGUGCCAGCGGUGCCCCCGGGAUUCCCUGUCUUCGCACAGACUUGAGAUUAACUCUCUCGUGCAGUGCACAACCCGUGCUUCCUUUGUUUCCUUGGACUCAAAACAAGUGGCUAGAAGGUGUCUCUUAGAGUGGACUUGUAAGUACAAGGCCGGGCCAGUGGGGGAGAGCGAGGAGGAGGAGGGUGUGCAGACCACUUUGUCUAUGCUUGUCUUGGUGUCAGCACUCACCAAAGAAGCUGACAAUCAUACAGUGGAGAGAACGGACGCUGUUUGCACAGGUAGCUGGCGAAUGUGUACGUCCUGGCAUCGCCACUUACUUACUGCGGGAGGCGCCAGCCGGCCGCUGUUUGCGCUCUGGGGACGCUGAGAGGCCUGGGAUCCGCGCGCCUCCCCAGCCAUCUGUGCUCUGGCAGGGCGGUAGGCGCUCCUGGCUGCUGACUGACUUACCGGAUCUGGGUUACUCCGCCUACGCUCUGGGGCGCCCUGAAAUGCGGGUAGACACCUGAGGUUUUUGCCAUAGCCGGCGGCGCAAGGUCCCGCGGAACUCUUGGGAUUGGAGAGACCAAGAAGGCUUUAAAGGGGAGACAUGCUGGGGCGGCAAAGAGGAAAGGUUCUCCAGGGCGCGCGUGCCCGAGGCUCCAGCUGGCUGCCCCAGUAAAACCUGAAAGAGCUAUUUUAUCCUUACAAUGUAGACUUUUUCCUCCUAAUUCAUGCUCUUGUCCUUUUUGGAUCGGGGAAUAAUUCUGCUGAGCGUGUCCCAACACUCACUGCAUUUGCUUUACAGUACAUCCAAGACACAAAGUUAGCAGAACUUAGUUUUCCAAAUAGGAAUUCUGGGCUUUCAGUGGAAUGCCCAGAUAGUCCAUAGGUUAGCACUAUCUGUGACAGCAGGCAGAUAGUUUAAAUAGCAGGGUCCUAAAGGACUAGUUAGGAGGUGGUCUUCCUGGGGAAGCUAAGAAUCUUUUAUGGGAUUAUUUGCUCCCUGGCAUGGCCAUUCUGCUGUGCCAAGGGUCUACGGAAACCACCUUUUUGCCCUUUGAAUUGUGGAGCACUCCAGGCUUUCUCUCCUUCAGUUAUUCUUGAAGCCUUGCCACUCCUGCCGAGAAACUGGUUAAAAUCUUUGCUGCCCCAGAAAGGGAAGUUAUUUAGGUACUCUCUUUGGAUGUAAAUUUCCAACUACGUGAUGGAGAUCUAGAGGGUUGUCAUUGCUUGAUCUAGCCUCCAAUUUUCUUAUGAAUAAUGGUUUCGUUUUCCAGAAAAUUCACAAAAUAAUUGAUCCCUACUCCCCUCUCUCUUCAACUGUACCUUUCGAAUGCUUGCAUUUGCUGUUUUGAGAACCGUAUUACAUUUACACAUUGCAAAAAUUGCCAAUGAAAAGUUCAUUUGUUUACAAUUAAGAAAGUGAAAGGACAGCUCUGUCACUUGAAGCCAUUUUAUUGUUUGUCAGACUGAAUAAAACUUUCCUUUGGUGUCUGCUUCUGUAUUCUAAACUGGAAGUAGACAUCAUAUUCCAGCUAAGUAGGGAAAGUUUUAGAACUUUGGGAAUAAUUUGUCUAUACAUGUAUAAUGCUGAGAAGGGUCUGCAGUGAAGAAAGUAAGAUAGACUUCUCCAGUACAACUAUUACUCAUUUGAUAAUUCAGUUUCAUUUUUGCUUACAUAAUCUAAGUAGACCUAUAUCAGAAACCAAGUUUUUAUGUAUGUUAUACUAAAUUUUAGGAACAACGUCUAUAUUUUAAAAAUCCAAACCCCAAAUUUGCUCAUCCAAAUUAUGUCUUGGCCAGCAAGUUUUACAUUAGAAGUUUUGAGACUUCCAUUUAUUUGUGUCUUUUACAGAAUUGUAUGACAAUGACUUUUGGACAUUUGUUCUUUCUGCUUUGGAAUAUUUAUACAAGAAUGGAGAAGGAACAUUAAACUGGAGCAUAAUUGUCAAGGCAAUAGAGAAUUUAGAGAAAUAAAAUAGCUGCAUAUCUCUAAA